AUGGCCGACCCCAGCGUGAAGAUCAUCAUUUUUCUAGUGUGUGCCGUGUUGGUUAUAGGCGCGGCGCUUCUGGUAGCCUACUGGCUAAGCGCAUCGCCUCCUGCCAUGUUCCACCGGCUGACAAGGCCCCGGGAAGUGACUGCGGUGACCAGCCUGGGAGCGGUGACUGGACUACGCGUCUCUGUGCUUGGCAGGGACGUGGCCGUGUUCUACGGCAUUCCGUUCGCGGACGCUCCAGUGGGCGCCGACCGCUUCUCGCCUCCGUCUCCCGGCACCCCAUGGAGCGGCUACCGCGACGCCUCCGAGAGGGUGCGCGACCGCUGCGUGCAGCCAGCCCUGCCCUCGCUGGUCGACAACAACCCGCAGGGAUUCGUCGGCGCCGAGAACUGCCUUCACGUGAACGUGUUCGCGCCGGAGGGAGCCACGAACAGGUCGGUGCUGGUGAUCCUGCACGGCGGCGAGUUCCAGCGGGGCUCGAACGACGACGCGCUGUACGACGCCCGCUACAUGGCGGCCACCGAGGACGUCGUGGUGUUCGUACCCAACUACCGGCUCAACGUGUUCGGCUUCCUGACAACACCGUUCUUCAGCGUGCCCGGAAACCAGGGCUUGCGCGACCAGCACGCCGCGCUCGAGUGGGUCUCGAAGAACGCGGCCGCUUUCGGCGGCAACAACGCCUCCGUCACGCUCGUCGGAGUGGAUAGCGGCGCCGUGAGUGCCGGCCUGCACCUGCUGAUGCCGGCGAGCCAACGGCUGUUCCACCGCGUCGUCAUGCAGGGCGGAAGCCCGUUCGAGGCGACCGAGCGAGUACCGUUCGCGGGCCCCCCGGAGAUACGAGAGUACGCGGCUGCUGUCUGCGCUCACGCAAGGAGAACUGCCAGCACGAACAACUCCAUGGACGACGAAGACAUCGCAGGCUCCCUGAUCGAGUGCCUGCGAGCGGCCUCGCCAUUCGCUCUUCUUCACGACCUCGAAGCGUUCGACGGCAUCAACGGCAAACAAUUGGGCCCCAUGUACGAGCCCUGGGGCAAGGGAUCUCUGCUCGUGGCCGGCAUGCCAACGGCCACCGAAGAAGGCACGCAGAAAGCCGACCCCUCGCGAGAGCUGCUGCCUGCCCUGAACGGGACCCAACUUCUGAUCGGACACACGACGAACGAAGGCGAAUUCUACCUGGCCCAAUUCUUCAAGGACUGGUCCCUGGCUCAAGUCGGUCGCUGGCCCAGGGGCUUCGUGCGCAUCUUUCUCGAGCGCCUUGUGCUACAGUUCUUCGCCAGACCGAGGCUGGGUCCCGUCUGGAGGCUCUACUUCAGCGGCAACGGGUACUCCAGCGCCGAUCGCUACGUCCAGGCGGCCGAGUUCCUUGCCGACGUCAAAGUGGCGUGCCCUUCCGGGGUAAUGGCGGACCUUGUGACGAGGCGUGGGGGCACCGUGUACCGGUACGUCCUCGAAGCCACCGCGAACGACGUGCUGCCGCACGGUGAGGCCAACGGGACGGCACGCGUCGAAGACGAGCAGCAGAACACUACCACCACCGGGUUCUACCGCCACCCGACGCACUACUUCGACGCCUUCGUGACGCUGGGUGGCGCGCUCGCCGGCGACCGCAAGAUGCCCGAAAAAGUGCUGGCCCAAAGCAGGCGGCUGAUGCGGAGGACUCCGACCAGCCGGGACGACGAGCCGUGGCCCAAAUACGACACGCAGAGCAAAUCCCUGCUGCGCUUCACCAUGGACGACGUCUCCACCGCGAGAAUUGAGGAGGACGGCCACUGCAAUUUUAUGAUGGCCCACAGUCGCUGGCGCGAGCUCGCCAUGGCGGCUUGA